GGUCAUAAAUGCAUGUUUUUAGUAGGACAUUCGGGUCGGGUUGAAUUGAUUGAGAGACUAUCUUUUCAUGUCCUUUGUUGAUGCUAAGCUAAGUUGUAAAAAGCAAAGCAUAAAUUACAGAAAGACAAAAGGGAGAAUUCACCAUCAACUUUCUUAUCAGUUUAUGGCUGGUGGAGUAUGUUUCCAGACUAAUGUGCAUACAGUUUCACAGACUUCUCCUUCUCCGGGAAUCUCCUUGAUACAUAAUUUUCCUCAUGAAGCUGAAAUCUCAAGUGUCUCAAGUACUGAUUCAUCAAGUGGUCCGUCAAAUUAUUCACGCAAUGUGCAGGUAGCAUUUGGGCCUCUCAAUGAUGUACAUAUACCGACAAGGUUGAUGGAGAAUUUUCUGGAAAUCGCCAGCGACAACACUAAGAAGGAUAUAGAGACCUGUGGAGUUCUUGGUGCCAUCAUUGUAAGAUCACUAGUAUUCAUUUUGCUUUCUGGAAUGAUACUUUUAAGACCAUCGUUGAAUGAUGAGGAACACCAAGUGCUCUAGAUUUUGCAUUUUUCAUGACUGGUUAUGGAAAUUUUAAGUGAUGCAUUGUACCCUUCGGGGUGGCCCUGUGGCUUGGGUUUGGGACUUCCAAGUUGGAGGUCUCAAGUUCAAAACCCCUUGCCAACGAAAGCAAGGGGUUUGCCUUCUGGGUCAAUCUCGUCGCACUAGGCUUGCCUAGUGCGGGUUAUCUCUCCUGCGUGGUUUGCGAGCUAUUGCAUAGGAGCGGGGGUUUUACCCUAUGCGCACCCAAAGGGUAGCGGCUGCGGGUUUCCCUUGUCAUAAAAAAACAAGAAAGAAGAAAUUUAAAGUGAUACAUUGUAGAAUGUUAAACCUGUAAAUUUUUAGUCAAUGUGUUCUGGAGCAUUUGGCAUCAAACCUUAACAAUAUGACUCAAUGUAUAUUUUUUCCAUUUGAAGUAGUAUUGGUCCUUUGAGCUAAAGACUACUGGAGUUCUCCAUCUCUGCUUGAUUAUCUCAUCCUUUCAAACACAUCCAAGCGAGAGCUCAUUCUAGCGCUGAAUAAAACUGUGUUCUGUUCUGAUACUAUUAUAUUAUUAGGACACAAAUUUUGACUGUUCUUUUGAAAUUGAAAGUACUUCCAUUGGCUAACUAACUUUAUAGCAAGAAACUGGUUUUUAAGUUGGACAUAUUUAAGUACACCAAUUUAUUUUCCCAGUAUAAACAAUGCUUUUAUCUUCUUUUAUUCCUUUACUGCUAUUCAAGCUUUUAAGUUAGAAAUCUUCAGAAGUAUUGUAUUAUAUGAUCAAUUCCUAGAUGAUAUUCAGAUCACCGAUGCACUUUCUCCUAAUCUUCUGCUUCUCCAAAGUACUCAGGUACUGAUGAUGUUGGAUUGUUGAGUGACUUGUUGUAAUUGCUAAUACUAAUCCUACAAGUUAAAGGGAGUGAGAGUAGAGAUUAGGUAGUGGAGAUAAAGCACCUCAAAGAAAUUUUUAUGAGUAGUCAUCAUAUAACAUUAUAACUCAAAAGAGGAAAGGAAGUUCUCAUAGAUUUGGAGAAAUUUCCUAAAGCAUUUGAAUUGCUUCACUCUGAAGGGAAAACAAGGUAUUUGUGAAAUAUCAGAAUGAUACAUCUAAAGUAUAUCAUAUGCAAUGAUGGAAAUUUUUCCUUUUAGAUGCAAAUCAUUUGAAUAUUGCAGCUGGUAAUAGUUGAACGGAGCCUAGAAGAACAAAAUUAGUGAUGCAUAGGUUGAUAUGGAUGUUCUUCUGACGUGAGUGAGGGACCGUCUCAAAUUGAAGUACUAAGGUUGGGCUUGGAAAAUGGUCUCUAACUAUGACAAGCCUCCAAACUAUACAACUGGUAACAGUUGAAUGGAGCUCUGUGAAAAAAAAAACUAGUGAUGCAUAGGCUGAUAUAGAUGUUGUGCGAGGAACUGUCUCAAAUUAAAAAUACUAUGGUUGGGUUAGAGAAUGGUCUCUCACUGUAACAAGUCUAUACUUCAAGCCUCCAAGGUAUGCAGCUCUUUUGUUCCAUCAAGGCAUGCAACUAUUCAGAACCUCUUUGUACUCAAAAGUAUGUUCAAAAAGAGACAUAC